AUGUACCAAGCUAUGAGUUUUCUUUUCCUCAUCUUUGCCCUGGUUGGGAUGGCAGGAAAUGCCAUGGUGCUGUGGCUUCUGGGCUUCCACAUGCAUAGGAAUGCCUUCUCUGUCUACAUUCUCAACCUGGCUGUGGCUGACUUUCUCUUCCUCUGCUUUCAGUUAGUAUAUCAUCUUCUUUUUAUCAUUUACAUCUUCUACUCCAUUUCCAUUCACAUCCCUUUGCUUUUCCCUGUUGUGUCAACAUUUGCUUAUCUUUCUGGCCUGAGCAUUCUCAGUGCCAUUAGCAUUGAACGAUGCCUGUCUGUCAUGUGGCCCAUCUGGUAUCGCUGCCGACGCCCAAGGCACACAUCAGCUGUCACAUGUACCCUCCUUUGGGCCUUGUCCCUGCUGUUGAGUCUCCUGAAUGGGAUGGCAUAUGACUUAUGGUUUAAUUAUUUUGAGUUUUUUUGGUGUCAAGUAUUUGAUUUCAUCAUGGCUGUAUGGGCAGUUACUUUAUUUGUGGUUCUUUGUGGGUCCAGCCUCACUCUGCUGGUGAGGAUCUUUUGUGGCUCACAGAGGAUUCCUGUAACCAGGCUUUAUGUAAUCACUAUACUCACAGUGGUGUUCUUCCUGAUCUUUGGUCUUCCUAUGGGGAUCUACUGGUUCCUCUAUGAAUGGAUUUGGGUUUAUUAUGAGAAAAAUUGUAAUUUUUAUCAGGUGACAGUACUCCUGUCCUGUGUUAACAGCUGUGCCAACCCCAUCAUUUACUUCUUUGUUGGCUCCAUCAGGCACCACAGGUUCCAGUGGAAUACUCUCAAGCUGUUUCUGCAGAGAGCCUUGCAGGACGCUCCUGAGGAAGAGGAAGGUGGAGAGAGGGGUUCCUCAGGAGAGACCAGAGAACUGGGAACACUCUAGUGCAGUGACUGGGAGAUGCCCUCGUCAAAGAGAAUUGGUGU